AUUAUGCUGUUGGCUAGAUACUGGUAAGAAGGCGUGGUUUGCGAAAGUGGGCGUGUGGGGUAGGAAGUUGUCCAUGUGAACUGUUCAACACAGGUUCAACAGCUAACUAGCGAUCACAUUUUACUUCUAAAUCUGAAGAAAACAAACGUCACUGUGAGCAGUGCCAUGGUUACUGAAGGGGAGCCCUCAGACUGGGUUAAAGUGCUACACCUGUUGGUGCUGUCUUUCUCAUGGGGCAUGCAGGUGUGGGUGUCCUUCAUAGCAGGGUUUGCUCUCGUGAAGCAGGUGACCCUGCACACGUUUGGCCUGGUGCAGAGUAAACUCUUCCCCGUUUACUUCUACUGCCUGCUGGGCUGCAACUUUGCCAGCCUGGCAGUAUAUGCCGUAUACCACCCCAGAGAGCUCCUGGACUGGCACGAGAGUCUGCAGAUGGGGCUGUACCUCGUGGCGCUGGUCAUGGCGGGCCUGAACGCCCAGUGGUUCGGCCCCUCGGCCACGGAGGUGAUGCUGAAGCUGCGGGAGGUGGAGAAGGAGCACGGCCUGGGGGAGCAGGUCGGUCUGGGCAGCCAGAAGGAGGCGUACGCCAAGCUGAAAGAGCAGGAUCCCAAAUAUAAGGCCCGCAAGAAGACCUUUGGUCAGUACCACGGCCUGUCUAACCUCUGCAACCUGAUAGGGUUCCUGUGCACCACCACUAACCUUGUCUACGUAGCCCUCCAUCUGAGCUCCAUCUAGGCCGAGACGUUAUGUCUGUCUCCCUGCGUGUCACAGAGUAGCUCGGAUGAUCCAGAACCGGCAUUUGAUCUCAUCCUUGAGGAUACAAAUGGAAAACAGCUGACGAUUAGGUCAAAACGGAUCAUCUUUGUGAAUGCAGAUUGCGUAUUGAAUUCCAUACAGAAGCCUGUAAACUUAAAUGCAAAGUUCUCAGCUUGAUUGACAGGUUCUCUAAACCGUGUUCCAUAAAUGUGCCUUAACAUUACAGUUCUGGUUUGCUGUUUGCUUGUUUUGUUAGAGUAAGCACAUAAUAAGGGACUGUAGUGAUGGCUCCAGAGCCUCUGGCCCAUCUUAGUUUCUAUCACCGGGCCCCUCACAUCAGAGAAGGUAGCUCACCAUUUCUGAGCCCUGUGUUUCCCUAAUGUUAAACUCACCAUGUUUCCAGGAUGAAUGUCUAGGUGGCAACCUUUUGACUCUAAACUAAAUCUUAUAACACAUCAAAAUCUUAUAACAUCUUGUCUGAGUAUGUUCUGGAAUUGUACUCAUUAUUAAUAAUGAAACUAUGGACGCUGAGCAAAAGUGUUUUUGGGCAGAUUGCACUGUUGACCUGCAUUUCUGAAUUGAAUGUCAUGUGUAUUACUAUCCACUAGGUGAUGAUGUUUAGGCAAAUAUAUCAUUCCAGUAGGAUGACUUGUAGUGCUCAGUGAAAUAGCAAGAAGGUUCCUUACUCGGAAUUAUCACUUUGAUACAAAGUUGUAUUUCCAUUUGAAUAAAAAAUUAAGAAUC